AUGUUAACAAUAAAUGAUUAUCUUGAUGGUUUACAUUGUCUACAUGAAGCACAAAAAGUAAAUGCAACAACAGAAGAAAUUAUAUUUAAAUUACGUCUUUAUCUAGAAGAUAAAGUUGGUGAUCAACAUAUUUUAAAUACAAUUUUAACACUUAUAAAAACAGAAAACAUUAUUGAUUUUUCUAAUUAUAAAAAAUUUGAAUAUUGUACUAGUUUAUUACCACUUUUUAUGAUAUUUAUUUGUUUGGAAAAUUCAUUUAUUGAACAAAAAUAG